CACAAGAAGCCAGAAGCAGAGCAUUCACCCCACACCAAUUCUCUCUGGAUAUCCAUCUCUUUCUUCUGAAAGCGAUAAUGGGUUCCGACGACUUUCGAUGCAGUUACUCUGUUGCAUCUUCAGUUCUGCUGCUCUUCGGUGUUGCUCUUCUUCCUCAAGCAAAUGCAGGGGACUGCGACCUGUUUAGCGGAAGGUGGGUUUUCGAUUCCUCCUACCCUCUGUAUUCUUCCUCUGAAUGUCCCUUCAUCGAGAGAGAGUUCAGUUGCGAGAAGAAUGGCCGGCCUGAUUUGGCUUACACCAAAUACAGAUGGCAGCCUCUUGGCUGCGAUUUAGCAAGGUUUGAUGCUUUGAAAUUCUUGGAGAAGUUCAGAGGGAAGAGCAUCAUGUUCGUUGGAGAUUCUCUCAGUCGGAACCAGUGGCAAUCCUUGACAUGCAUGCUUCACUCUGCAAUGCCUGGUGCCAAUUACAACCUAACAAGAGUGGGAGACGUCUCCACAUUUGAAUUCACGGACUAUGGAGUAAAGGUAAUGCUUGAUCGCAAUGUGUAUUUGGUAGAUGUGGUGCGGGAAGAUAUUGGUAGGGUCUUGAAGCUUGAUUCCAUUGAAGGAGGCAAACUAUGGAGGGGCAUUGACUUGCUCAUCUUCAACACAUGGCACUGGUGGAACCGUCGUGGACCGACUCAACCUUGGGAUUAUAUUGAAGUAGGCGGAGAGAUUAAAAAGGACAUGGAUAGGAUGCUUGCUUUUGAAAUUGCACUCAGGACAUGGGCUAAAUGGGUUGAUGCCAACAUUGAUCCCCGUAAAUCUAUGGUGUUUUUCCAAGGAAUUUCUCCAUCCCAUUACAAUGGCAGCUCAUGGAAUGAACCUAGUGCAAAGAGCUGUGUGGGGCAGGAACAACCAUUACUGGGCACAACAUACCCAGGAGGCCUGCCACUAGCAUUGGAUGUGCUAAAGAAGGUAUUAGGCACAAUAAGAAACCCUGUAACGUUGCUCGACAUAACAAACCUGUCGCUGCUGCGGAAAGACGGACAUCCUUCAAGAUAUGGGUUGGGAGGACCAACAGGAAUCGAUUGCAGCCACUGGUGUCUUGCUGGAGUUCCUGAUACAUGGAACGAGAUUCUUUACAAUCUUAUUCUUUGAAUAUUGGUCAAGGAAAGGGUUGAUUUAAAUCACUGAUUUAUCUGAAAGAGUAAUGGCUAUGUACCCCCUCAUGAUAACAGAGGUCUUGCAUUUCUUAACUUGAUUCUUAUAAUUGGACGAAAUAAAGGAAAUAUUAAUAAAAAAAAGAACAGAGA